UCGAUACGGAAAUGCUUUAAUGGAGAGACAUCACUAUUGACGUAAACCGUUUUAUUAAACUCAAAAACUAUUUUUGUACUUCUUCCUAGUGUAACGAAUUUAUUGCAAAUGAGAAGUAAACAAUCGAUGUUAUAAAUACAGGCGUAUUGAAUUUAACGCUUGGAUUUUAUUUGUAUUUACUAAAGCAAGUGACAAAACGAUGAAUCUAGAUGGACAAGGAAUUACGGAUGAAUUUAUCAUCACGGCAGAACGUAUAUUUGAGUUCUGCGAAGCUGAGAUUUCCAGUACAUUAUGCGUUAAUACGUUAAUGGAAAAAUUCGCGCCUUUCGUGAAAACAAAUAAGGAUGAGUACAGUUACUUGAGAUCACUCCUCGACCCCGACGAUUGUAAUCCAGACAUCACUGUAACCGAGUUGGCUGCAACACUCAGCAAAUAUAGUGACAACCAAAAAGUUAAAGCUGAUUUAGAAGAGAGUUUCAAUUUGAAAACUGGCCUAUUACCACAUGAUUCGGAUUCUGGCAUAUCCUCUGAUGGUUUCCAACUGCUGGAGGAGCUGCAGUGCGAGCUUCGUGAGAAGGCCCAGGUGACGCAGCAGCUGCGACGACAGCUGGACGAUUGUGACGCCCUGCAUGAAGAGGCGCUCGCUGCGGCCGCGUCCGAGGCACACGCGCUCAGGGAACACCUUAAUAUGUUACGAGAAGAGAAUUCAGCGUUAACCCACGUGCGUCACGACUAUGAGGAGGUCUGUGAACAGUUGACUAACAGUGAACGAGCUCUGACCGAGGCCCGGGGGCAGCUCGAGUCAGCCAAACGACGCACGAGGGUACUCACAGACCAGGUCGCCAUGUUGGAGACUGAGAAGCUAUCUCUGCAGGAGUUGCUGGCCAAGUCGAAGCGGGACUGUCAUCACAUCAACGAGAUGUACGCAGCGCGUCAUAAGGCUCUGUUGGAACAGAACGAGAAUCUUCGGAGCGAGCGAGCUGAGCUGGCGGCUAGAGCUGGAGACCUGGACAGGGACCUGCAACAGCUGCUACGAGAGAAGGUAAUUCUUGAGAUGGAGUUGAAAGACAUGCUAAAUAAGUCAAACACACACCUCCGUAUGGAGAGAUCCAUCGACAUCAGCUACACCGAGGACCAGAUGCUCACAGCCUUGGACAGUCUCAACGCUGAUUCAAAGUUCACACAAGAGAGCAUCCGGAUAGACGAGGAAUCAUUUCUGAACGAAGAUCACGGACGACCGACGAACCUGUCUCUGUUUGACGAAAUGAGACUUAGUUUCUGUAACUUAUCCAGAUAUGCUUUUAAAGAUUUCAAUAAUUCCCAAAAUAUCGACAGACAUUCAGAGACCGGCAGCACUAAUGUACCGGCUGAGACACAGACAGAAGUUAUUAAUGUUGAUUGUUGUUGUAAAAAACAUUCCUCUACAAAUAUAAACUCAGCCACACAGACUGGCAAUGAAUCUUUUGACUUCUAUUACGACCGAAAAGACGCCAUAUCGUACGAGCUAGUGUCUGCUUCAACACAGACUACAUUCAAUGAUACAGAUUAUAAAAACUUAAAUACUGGCAAUAAAGCAACGAACACAUCGUCGCAAGUGUUCGAAGUGUUCAGAGAUAUAGAAGUCAUGAAUAAAGGUGUACAGACUAAUGACGAAUUUGAAUCUUACAAUAAUAAUAAUAACGUACAAAAUUGCAUCGAAUGCACGAAAUGUAUGGAGUGCGACAGACUGAGGAAAUAUACGAACAGACUGGAAAUAGAAGUCAAAAAAUCUGAUGUGACUGUGGAAGAAAUCAAGAGAGACGUCGGCCUGUAUGAGGAUAACUUGGAUCUGUUGCGAAGAUUCGUCGACGAAGGAAACGAGAGGAAUGUUUUAUUGAAAUCAGCUGUUGAUAGUCUAAGAGCUAGGCUCUUCGACUUGGAAAAUAAGUGCACAGAAAAUGACAGAAAGAUUGAAGAGUACUGUGACGUGUGCUCUGCUGAAGCACAGGCGGAUUGUGACUACGCGUCGGUGUCGACUCAGACAGAGCUGCUACACUCUGAGUGCGUUCGCCGGCAACCGCAUCGUAGCCUGCGGCGGUACCUGUGCGACUCCAUGAAGUGGUUGUUCCAAGUGUUCGCGGUGGUGUGCUUCGCCUGCGCCGUGUGGCUGCUGUGUGGGGUGACGAGGCGGCCGCGAGGGUGUCACUCCACACCCUGGUGGUGGAUGCACGCCCACGAACUGCUCGACUUCUUCCUCACUAUAGAAUACGUCUCCGAGGUUCCGAUGUAGUCGUGUCGUGUCGUUGACGUGUCGUGUCGCGUAAAUUGCUUUAUAGUGUUGUGAAUUAACCGAUUGAUUGGAUUUGAAUUGAGAUGGGCGAAGAAAUUAUAAUUCUCAUAUGUGUUAUGAAUAUAAGUUAGAUUAUAGUGCAUUUUGUAGAGUCAACAACGAUUCUUUAUGGUUAGGAUAUUUUUUUAAGCAUUUUCUAUACAUAUACAUAGUACUAGUUAGUGCCUUAUUGUUUCAUGGUUGUAUUAAUGUAGUUAUAAUAUUUAGUAACUUUGACUUCAUUAUUUAAUAACUGAUACAAAUUUACAUAACUAACUUUUAAGUUUUAUAAUUAACGUUUUCUUUUUUUUUUAUCUGUCUCGUUGUUAAUUUUAUACUCUGUGAAUUAAUUCAAUUUCACUUGUUAUGUAAUAUAAUUUAAACCUAGCAGAUUUCUUUGUUAAUUCUAAUUAAUAUUUCCUAUAAUAUUUAAUUCCCACAAUUCAUUAACAUUUACUUUGGUCAUACAUUAAUUUCAAAAAUUAAUUAUUUUUCAGUAUAAUUAUUUUUUAACCGAUUCGCUUUGUAUUAAAAUGAAAAACAUGUCUUCCUUGUACUGCUCGAGCAUUUCUUGAACUGCAUUUACCGUUUUAUACAUUUUGAAUAUAUUUUUAAUUCAUUUUAAGAUGUAUUUGACAAUUUUCUCGUUUGAUAAUAACUUUAUUAUCAACACGUCUGUUGUCCUGUGAUAUUCCAGUGCCAGUGUUAGUUAUAAUUAAGAUGCUCUUAAGUUUAUGACUAAUUUUAUUUGUGUGACCAAAAAUUACUUAUAAUUUAAUUUUAAACAUCGAAGAAGCGUUCAAAUUCAAUGUUUAAUAUAUUUCAUGUUCUAUUUUUAAAAUUCUCCAUUUUGUUUGAUGGCCAGUAAUAAACAGCACGUUUCGUUGUAUAAAGUUGAAUUUAGUAAAUAAAUUUUUUUCGUAUUGAUGUCUUUUUUAUAAUAUAUCACUUACUUAUAUUGUUUUUCA